CGCGCCCUCCAUUUUGUGGAACGCCCGAGCAGUAAGUGCGUCAGUUGUGGGCAGACGUAGGCGAGCUGGGUCCUGGUCUGCGGGGAGGCUGCCGGCUCCGUCGCAGACUACGGACCUCUCUGGGGCUCAGCUGCCACAGCUCCUGUCCGGUAGGACAUCCUAGCCGGACGUCAUGAGUGGCUGUCGGGUGUUCAUCGGGAGGCUAAACCCAGCGGCCAGGGAGAAGGACGUGGAGAGAUUCUUCAAGGGGUAUGGACGGAUAAGAGACAUUGAUCUGAAAAGAGGCUUUGGUUUUGUGGAAUUUGAGGAUCCCAGGGAUGCGGAUGACGCUGUAUAUGAACUUGAUGGAAAAGAACUGUGCAGUGAAAGGGUUACUAUUGAACAUGCUAGGGCUCGAUCUCGAGGUGGGAGAGGUAGAGGACGCUACUCUGACCGUUUUAGUAGUCGAAGGCCUCGAAAUGAUAGACGAAAUGCUCCACCUGUAAGAACAGAAAAUCGGCUUAUAGUUGAGAAUUUAUCUUCAAGAGUCAGCUGGCAGGAUCUCAAAGAUUUCAUGAGACAAGCUGGGGAAGUAACCUUUGCUGAUGCACAUCGGCCUAAAUUAAAUGAAGGGGUGGUUGAGUUUGCCUCUUAUGGUGACUUAAAGAAUGCUAUUGAGAAACUUUCUGGAAAGGAAAUAAAUGGGAGAAAAAUCAAAUUAAUUGAAGGCAGCAAAAGGCACAGUAGGUCACGAAGCAGGUCUCGUUCCCGGACCAGGAGUUCCUCUAGGUCUCGUAGCCGAUCUCGUUCCCGGAGUCGCAAGUCUUACAGCCGGUCGAGGAGCAGGAGCCGGAGUCGGAGCAAGUCCCGUUCUGUUAGUAGGUCUCCUGUGCCUGAGAAGAGCCAGAAACGUGGUUCUUCAAGUAGAUCUAAGUCUCCAGCAUCUGUGGAUCGCCAGAGGUCCAGGUCCCGGUCCCGGUCCCGGUCCAGAUCCGUUGACAGUGGCAAUUAAACUGUAAAUAACUUGCCCUGGGGGCCUUUUUUAAAAAAACAAAUUCCCAAACCAUACUUGCUAAAAAUUCUGGUAAGUAUGUGCUUUUCUGUGGGGGUGGGGUUUGGAGGGGGGUUGGGUUGGGCUGGAUAUCUUUGUAGAUGUGGACCACCAGGGGGUUGUUGAAAACUAAUUGUAUUAAAUGUCUUUUGAUAAGCCUUCUGCUCACAUUUUUGUGAAUGUCUGAAGUAUAUAGUUUGUGUAUAUUGACAGAGCUCUUUUAUAACUAAAGCAAAUUUAAUUUUUUGUACUAGAAAAAAUUUGAACAUUUUAGUUCCUGGUUAUUCAAAUAUGUUAAUUCAGAAUUAGUUUAAUGCCUCAAUUAAACUAAUUAAUAGCUUUGGACACUUAAAAGAGCUCUAAAUUUGCUUGUACAUAAAGGCUUAAUUUGAGUUUUUCUUGUCAGGGCUAAGGGUGUCCUCCCACCCACCCUUUAACAGCUGCCUGGCCAAGACGUUAAAGCAGCUGUUUGUUAUUGAUAAUAAAAGAUUAUAAAACUG